AUGACGACGCUCGCGAUACUCGCACUUUCUGAUACUUUGGACGCGAAUGCGGCGCAAGUGGUUGAUUGGCUCACCUCUGGCGCGGAAGCGUCGCCGGAGGAAUUGAUGCGCAUCAUGAGGGAAAGUUCAAAACAAGAUUGGGAUCCGACAGAAGUCGCCCCGAGAGUGAAAGUGGACGAAGGAGAUGAAGUUUGGGAGAAAAAUGUCAACGCGAACAUGUUAGGGGAAUCCAUACGAAAAGAAGAUUUAAGCUCGGACGGGUACGACAUCGACGCACCGAUUAUGAGUUCGGACACGUUCGGGAGAUUGGGGAAGUUUGGGGUGAUUUUAGUCGGCGCGGAUUUCGUGACGGCGUUCGUGAUGGGGAAAUCCGUCCUGGGCGUGGCGAAAGGCUUGGAGAAAGGCGAAGGUGAUGAGAAGAAGGAUUGGAAGGAAAACGCGGCGGAAAUGGUGAUGGAUAAGUUGAAAGCGAAAGCGGAGGUGUUGAAGGAGGAAGAGGGAAGAGGAGAAGGCGAAGGUGAUGAGGAAGAGUCGUGA